AGUUUCCAAUCAUGCCGGAGGUUGUGAAAGCGCCCAAGAAGGGCUCCAAGAAAGCCGUCUCCAAGGCCGUCAGCAAGAGCGGCAAGAAGAAGAGGAAGACCAGGAAGGAGAGCUACGCCAUCUACGUGUACAAGGUGAUGAAGCAGGUGCACCCCGACACCGGCAUCUCCUCCAAGGCCAUGGGCAUCAUGAACUCGUUCGUGAGCGACAUCUUUGAGCGCAUCGCCGGUGAGGCCUCUCGCCUGGCUCACUACAACAAGCGCUCCACCAUCACCUCCAGGGAGAUCCAGACCGCUGUGCGCCUGCUGCUGCCCGGCGAGCUGGCCAAGCACGCCGUGUCUGAGGGAACCAAGGCCGUGACCAAGUACACCAGCUCCAAGUAAACCUGAUCUAGACCGCCAACACAAAGGCUCUUUUAAGAGCCACCCACUUCUUCUAAAGAUGAUUUCCUUAUGCUUGUAUUUAAAAACUCUUUCCUCAUGUGUUAGUUUUUAAAAUGGAACAUUAUUUCCUUAAAUUAUUUAUAAUUCCAUCUGUUAUAAAUAUUAAUUUUAAAUUGUUUAAUGAUUUCUUAUCAAUUUAAAGCACAAACUGCCUUGUUGCCUUAAAAAAAUGUGCAUCGUCCAACUUAUUUCUAGGGAAUCUAUAAAUCUAGGUGAAUUUGUUUAAUUUAACGGGGGCUCAGAAAGGGCAGGAAGGCAAGGUUGAAUAUAAAUGGAAACACAUCAAGGGUGACGUAGACCACCAACACAAAGGCUCUUUUAAGAGCCACCCACUUCUUCUAAAGAACAUUUCCUGAUGCUUUUUCUUAAUAUUGAAAUGAAUAGAAAGUUAUCAAAAUACACUCAAGCAGAACUGAGAAUGCUAGUAAUGGUGUUAAAACUGUAAUUGUAGGUUGCUCACUCUAACCACUUAAACUAAGGGUUUUCUGCUACGCUGUGCAAGCUUUUCAUAAGCAAUUGCCACCUAAUUCCUGUACCUCCUGUCUGAUUCAAUGCUUCUGGUUUGAGGUGUAUUUAUCGAGAACUGCAUUUCUUCUGGUAUGUAAGAGUAGGGUGAUGCCAUCAGCUGCGUCAAGCUCCUGUAAAAUGUUGUCUUUUUUUUAACAGUCUUGUCAUAUCUUGCUAUUUCAAAAUGUGUGAUGGUAAAUAAUCCCAUAGACCUUCCGGUAAAGGAAUAGGACAUUUUGAGAAUGCAAAAGGAAUGUUCAUAUGUGAGCUUGACUGUACGGCUACGGAUCUUGUUACUGACUCAUGCAGAUAUUCAUUGAACAUUUUAAUGGACCUGGAUGCAAGAAGGCAAAAAGCUCUUACGGUGGUGUUUUAUGUUUGUAUUUUGACAGAAGAAAUAAAAGGAGUCAUUUCACAA